AUGGGUUCAUCUGUCAGUAAAUCGUCAAGAGAAUCAUCGGACGAAGUCCAUACUAUCGAGGCUUUAAGCGCAAGAAGACCACAAUCCGAUGACUCUACUGACAUAGAGCAGCAGCAACAGGAGGGUGAAGAACAAGAGCAAGAGGUUGAGGAUGACUAUGGCACUUCAACAUCUGAUUCAGACGGCCGACCACAUGAGUUAAUUAUCCAAGUUCAAGAAACGAACCAGAAGGAUGCAACAAGCCUGACUUCCGUCACUCCCUUGGGGUCUCCACUUCUCGUAUCGACCACAGUCGAAAAAAAGGAGAAUGUGGAAACAAAAUUAGAAUCCGAACCUGUGACGUGCACAGAGAAGCCACUCGAAGCUUCUCGGGACGAGAAAGCCGAGCAACAAGCACCUGAAGCUAACAUUUCGGAGCAGAAUGAGGGGACUCCACUUCCGACUGUCCUCCGCAUUCUCCCGAGACGUGACUUUCCAACUGGUAUACCACGACCCAAAACUCUAUGCCAGAAGUAUCCCCACGUCUAUCGAAGGGCUCGGGAGAGCCUCAUGCCCUUACUAAGACCAGAAAAUAAGGACAAAACAUCAGUCCAAAAGACGACACCCCUGUUAGAUGAUACUGUUUCGCUUCGCAGUACGGAGACGGCAAGGAGGACAGGAAGUCCAUCAAGGGGGCGCCAAACCAGUGGCCAAGUGUGGAACUUCACUCAGUGCGACUUUGGAAAACCACCACCUUACAGAAGGAACAUCUCCAGUGCCAUCGGAAGCCCUUGUGAAGGUCAGAUGACCCGGUGGAUGACCACUAGAUUUGGCCAGAGCUCUUGGGUACACCAUCCCGCUAAUGGGGUCAAACUUAGUCCCAUAACUCCCAAGGGCGAGGCUGUCCAAGCAUCCACACCAAAAAGUAUCUCGAUGACUGGCAGGCGACAUCUUUCAGAGGAAGAGAAAGUUGCCUCUUGGCAGCAUGGCCUCGAAGACAGCGUCACGACACUAGACGAGGUUACAUAA